AUGGAUCCUCUCAAACAGUUUCCGAGCACUGAAGAAUUUAGUAACAUCGAGUCGGGGUGGACAAGGUACUUGGCUUUUUCUUCCGUGGAAGAUGAUUUCAGAUGGAGGGAAGACAACAUCAAAGAUGAUGAUGGUGAAGAAGCCAGUGAUGAUUCGACGGUAUCCGAUGCCUCGUCUGCCCCGAGUCGGCAUCGGUAUGAACACAAGGAUGAUCAAGGUAAAGGUAGUCAAGGCCAUGGCCAUGCUAAUCUCAAGCAUGAUAAGGGCGAUUAUUCUUCAUGCAAGGAAGUAAAGAAAGAGGUUGAAAGGGGCGCCAAAAACAGUGGUGAACCCAAGCAGAGACUCCGCAGUCGACCGAAACAUCAGGCUGAGAAAGUCUGGAAACAUCACAAGUAG